AUGUCAACGAUCAACAAAUAUAACAUAAAGUUCAAGAAUAAACUUAAAUCUCUUGGUCCUGUAUUGUGUGACAACUGGAAAUCACUGAUGCCUAUGUCCUUCAUUACCCCUAGACUAUAUGGCCUUCCAAAGGUCCACAAGGACGGCAUCCUCAUUAGACCAGUGGUAUCGUUCUGUGGCAGCUUAGCCUAUAGAUUAUCUAAAUACCUCAACAAACUUUUAGUGUCCACAAUUAACUUCAAAUCAGAGUUCAGUGUUGAUAACUCCUUGGAUCUGAUAAGAAGAAUAAAAGACUUACAAAUCCCAGAAAACACCAUGCUUGCUUCUUUUGAUGUGAGCAAUCUGUUCACCUCUGUACCAGUCCCACAAACCUUAAAAAUUUUCAAGAACAGACUGAUAGAUUCUCCACUUUCUGAUGACUUGACUGAGUGUGCGUACCAGCUCACAGAAUUAUGCCUUCAACAAAACUUCUUCAAUUUUGAGGGUGAAAUCUUUUCUCAACAGAAAGGACUUAGUAUGGGAAACUGCCUUUCCCCUCUUUUCGCCGAACUUUUCAUGUCCUACUUCGAGAAAAUGCUAAUUUUUAUAGUGAACAAUCCUUUCAAAGAUAAAAUCCUUUUUUGGUUUAGAUAUGUGGAUGACAUCCUUAUAGCAUGGAUUGGUAGCGAAGAGGAACUGAGAGAGUUCCACAAUUGGUUGAACGGACUCCAUUUGAACAUAAACUUCACGCUGGAGCUGGAAUCGGAUCGUGAAAUAAACUUCCUGGACCUCACAAUCAGGAGACAACAAAACAAGUUGACGUUCAGUAUAUAUAGAAAACCCACGCAAACUUCCACCAAAAUUAGUAAAACAUCAUGUCAUUAUAUGGGUCAUAAGAUGGCAGUCUUUAACUCUAAUAUCAAUAGGCUACUUAAUAUUCCUCUAAGCCAGGAAGCUUAUAUUGAGAAGGUGAACACUUUAAAAUAUCUGGCGGUAGAGAACGGAUAUUCCCCGGAUAUCAUUGAUCGACUUAUUGAUAAGGCAAGGAGAAGACGGACCACAGAAGAACCGAACUCAAGAACUCCGGGAACUGAUGAUAAUUCAAAUCGGAAAUUCUGGUGCAUUCCGUUCUACGGGGGUAUCUCAUAUAAAAUUGCCAACGUAGUAAAGCAGGUAGAGGACACUAGAGUGGCUUUCAAAUCCCAGAAUACCCUACACCAAUCCCUCAUCAGGAACAAGAGCCCAAUCGACAUGUUGGACAAGCCGGGCGUUUAUAGAUUGGAAUGUGGUGAACCAGGUUGUAAUGUCGUUUAUGUGGGGAGAAGCGGCAGAUCCAUCAGAACAAGGACCAAAGUACAUCUGGCUAGUGCAAAUAACCCAAAUAAUGACAAAUAA